UCACCACGAAUACAUGCUAUCUUUAUAUCGUAACAAAUGUAGAGUUAUGUACACCGACACUGACAGUCUCAUAUGCCUCGUCGAGUGUGAAGAUAUUUACGAGACGAUGAAACGUGAUAUCGCUAGAUUCGACACGAGCGAUUAUCCGGUCGACAACGCGUACGGUAUGCCUCUCGAGAAUAAAAAAGUUCCGGGCCUAAUGAAAGAUGAGAAUAAUGGUGUGAUAAUGACUGAUUUCGUUGGACUUAGAGCAAAGAUGUAUGCGUUAAAGGUAGAUGGAAAGAAGGAUACUAAAAAGGCGAAAGGUGUCAAGAAUAAUGUAGUAGCGCGAACCAUAACAUUCGAUGAUUAUACCCGGUGUUUGAGAGAUGAGAUCGAGAUGACGCGUCGCCAAUCAUGCAUAAGAUCCAAGCUGCAUAAAGUAUAUACGGUGUCCGAAACGAAAAUCGCUCUAAGUCCAUAUGAUGACAAGAGGUACCUCAUACCCGAUUCGGUUGAAACGUUACCGUGGGGACAUUAUCGAAUACCGCUAUAAUAUAGUGUUACGUUCGAUGAAAUUUUUCACC